UAAAAAUUCUUUUAUCCGGUACACUCUUCGAAGAAGGUUGAGUUAAAGUCGUAUUGAACAGAUUUUUCUAUACAUAACUAAAAAAUGACUUUUGGAGACCUGAAUACUGACAAAGGUGUCAAAGAACUCAAUACUUUCCUUGAGGAUAAAAGUUAUAUCAGUGGAUAUUCCGUAAGUCAGUGGGAUGUGGAAACAUUUAAGCAGUUACCAAAAGCGCCAGCUGCCAAUUUUCCCCAUGCUCUUCGUUGGUACAACCAUAUUAAAUCGUUUUCGCCUGAUGAACUGAAACAAUCUGGAAUUUCGGCUGCUUGUCCAUUGAAAACCGGAACUACAACAACUGCUCCAGCUCCAGCUCCAGCUGCCGCUGAUGACGACGAUGAUGUCGAUCUUUUUGCAUCCGAUGAAGAAGAAGAUGCAGAAGCAGAGAGAGUUCGAGAGGAAAGACUUAAGGCAUAUGCCGAGAAGAAGUCAAAGAAACCUGAACUUAUUGCCAAAUCCAGCAUCGUUCUCGACGUUAAGCCAUGGGACGAUGAAACAGACAUGGGAGAACUUGAAAAGGCCACUAGAACUAUUGAAAUGGAUGGUUUAAUUUGGGGAGCUUCAAAACUUGUUCCAGUAGGUUAUGGCAUUAAAAAACUUCAAAUUAUGUGUGUGGUCGAGGAUGCCAAAGUUUCUGUCGAUGAACUUGUAGAGAAGAUUCAAGAAUUCGAGGAUUUUGUUCAGUCCGUGGAUAUCGCUGCUUUUAAUAAAAUUUAAACUUGUUCUGUGUUAUAUUCAUUCAAUAAAGUACUAUUUUGCAGAUUUUAA